GGGUCACCGCCCUCAGCUGCGCCUGGCUGUUCCGUCUCCUCCCUCUCACAUUGCCUCAGCCCCACGAUGGUGCUGGAGUCGGUGGUCGCGGACCUGCUGAACCGCUUCCUGGGGGACUAUGUGGAGAACCUGAACAAGUCCCAGCUGAAACUGGGGAUUUGGGGCGGUAACGUGGCUUUAGAUAAUCUACAGAUAAAAGAAAAUUCUCUGAGUGAAUUGGAUGUCCCUUUUAAAGUCAAGGCUGGCCAAAUUGAUAAAUUAACUUUGAAGAUUCCUUGGAAGAACCUUUAUGGAGAAGCAGUUAUUGCAACUCUAGAGGGAUUGUAUCUGCUUGUUGUCCCUGGAGCAAGUAUUAAAUAUGAUGCUGAAAAAGAAGAAAAAGCUUUGCAGGAUAUUAAACAGAAAGAGCUAUCUCGGGUUGAAGAGGCCAUUCAAAAAGCAGCAGAGAAAGGCACACAUUCAGGGGAGUUCAUAUAUGGCUUGGAAAACUUUGUUUACAAGGACAUCAAGCCUGGACGUAAACGUAAAAAGCACAAAAAACAUUUUAAGAAACCUUUUAAAGGUCUUGAUCGCUCAAAAGAUAAGCCAAAAGAAGCCAAAAAAGAUACAUUUUUGGAAAAAUUGGCCACUCAAGUAAUAAAAAAUGUGCAGGUGAAAAUCACAGACAUUCAUAUUAAAUAUGAAGAUGAUGUCACUGAUCCGAAGCGGCCUCUUUCAUUUGGUGUCACAAUGGGGGAACUUAGUCUGUUGACUGCAAAUGAACACUGGACUCCAUGCAUAUUAAAUGAAGCAGAAAAAAUUAUUUACAAGCUUAUACGACUUGAUAGUCUUAGUGCCUACUGGAAUGUAAACUGCAGCAUGUCUUACCAGAGAUCAAGGGAACAGAUCUUGGAUCAGCUAAAAAGUGAAAUUCUUACAAGUAGCAAUAGACGCCCAAACCAUCAAUACAUUUUCCAGCCAAUAUCAGCUUCUGCAAAACUCUAUAUGAAUCCUUAUGCAGAAACAGAGCUCAAAACACCCAAACUUGAUUGGAAUAUAGAAGUACAAAAUAUUGCCAUUGAGUUGACCAAACCUCAGUACCUAAGUAUGAUUGACCUUCUGGAAUCAGUGGAUUAUAUGGUUAGAAAUAUCCCUUAUAGGAAAUACAAACCUUAUUUACCACUUCAUGAUAAUUGUCGACAAUGGUGGAAAUAUGCAAUUGAUUCUGUUCUUGAAGUUCAUAUAAGAAGGUAUACCCAGAUGUGGUCAUGGAAUAACAUAAAAAAGCACAGACAGUUGCUCAAGAGUUACAAAAAUGCCUACAAAAGCAAGUUAACUCAGACUAAAGUCUCAGAAGAAGUACAAAAGCAAAUUCAGGACUUGGAGAAGAGCCUUGAUGUUUUUAACAUAAUUUUGGCAAGGCAGCAAACACAAGUUGAGGUGAUUAGAUCUGGGCAAAAAUUAAGGAAAAAAUCUACUGACACAGGCGAGAAACGUGGAGGCUGGUUUAGUGGGUUUUGGGGUAAGAAGGAAUCUAAGAAAAAAGAUGAAGAAUCUUUGAUUCCUGAAACUAUUGAUGACCUUAUGACUCCAGAAGAAAAAGCCAAGCUCUUCACUGCUAUUGGUUAUAGUGAGAGCACCCACAACUUGACCUUACCCAAGCAGUAUGUUGCCCAUAUAAUGACACUAAAGUUACUGAGCACCUCUGUUACAAUAAGAGAAAAAGAAAAUGUUCCAGAAAUACUAAAAAUUCAGAUAAUUGGCUUAGGAACGCAAGUAUCUCAGCGACCAGGAGCACAAGCGCUUAGGGUAGAAGCAAAAUUAGAACACUGGUAUAUAACAGGUCUGAGACAGCAAAAUAUUAUACCAUCACUUGUGGCUUCAAUUGGUGAUACUGCAUCAUCUUUGCUUAAAAUUGAGUUUGAAACCAAUCCAGAGAAUAGUCCUGCUGACCAGACUCUGGUUGUUCAGUCUCAGCCUGUGGAAGUCAUCUAUGAUGCUAAAACCAUUAAUGCAGUGGUUGAAUUCUUUCAAUCAAACAAGGGGUUAGAUCUUGAGCAAAUAACGUCAGCUACGUUGAUGAAACUGGAAGAAAUUAAAGAGAGAACAGCUACAGGACUCACACAUAUAAUUGAAACUCGAAAAGUCCUUGAUUUAAGGAUAAAUCUGAAGCCUUCUUAUCUGAUAGUUCCACAGACAGGUUUUUAUCAUGAAAACUCAACUCUUCUCAUUUUAGAUUUUGGUACCUUUCAGCUCAAUAGUAAAGAUCUGGGUUUGCAGCAGACUGCCAGUUCAUCUCUGGAAGAAAUAAUGGACAAGGCAUAUGACAAGUUUGAUGUUGAAAUAAAAAGUGUGCAACUACUUUUUGCAAGAGCAGAGGAAAACUGGAAAAAGUGUCGAUUUCAGCAUCCAUCAUCUCUGCAUGUAUUGCAGCCCAUGGAUAUUCACAUUGAGUUGGCCAAGGCCAUGGUGGAAAAGGACAUUAGAAUGGCUCGAUUUAAAGUAUCAGGAGGGCUUCCUUUGAUGCAUGUGAGAAUUUCUGACCAGAAGAUGAAAGAUGUGCUGUGUUUGAUUAACAGUAUAUCCUUGCCACAGAAAUCACCUACACAUUCUCCAGACAGACAGGUAGCCUCCAUUCCUGUUAUUUCAGAUGGGACCAAAUGUCUACUUGGUACUCCACUAUUACUAGAUGGAGUGGAAUCAGAGUCUGAUGAUGAGUAUUUUGAUGCUGAAGAUGGAGAUUCACAGACUGGUAAAAGCAUAAAAAGAUCAGAAGUAAAAAAAGGUUCAGAGACCCCAAAUGAGGAACUCAUUAAUCUUCUACUCAAGUUUGAAAUUAAAGAGGUGGUUUUGGAACUUACCAAACAACAGAAAGAAGAAGAUAGAAUUUUAGUAUUCAGUGUCACUCAGUUAGGAACAGAGGCUACAGUGAGAACAUUUGACUUAACUGCAGUAUCUUAUUUAAAGAAAAUCAGCUUGGAUUACCAUGAAAUUCCAGGAUCUAAAAAGAAGCCCCUUCAUUUGAUCAGCUCUUCUGACAAACCUGGAUUAGAUCUUUUAAAAGUGGAGUAUAUUAAGGCUGAUAAGAAUGGACCUAGCUUUCAAACUACUUUUGAAAACACUGAACAAACAGUUAAGGUAGCCUUUUCAUCUUUAAAUCUAUUGCUGCAAACACAAGCUCUUCUCUCUUCUAUUAAUUACCUGACAAACAUUAUCCCAUCAGAUGGUCAAAAUAUGGGUGAUGUCAAGGAGGCACAAAUUUCAACUGAAAAGCAACAAAAAAGUUCAAAUCUGCGAAAGGUGAUUGCACCCAUUAAAGAUAGUGAUAUUACUGACUUCAGGCUCUUUGCCAAGUUGAAUGCUUUCUGUGUCAUUGUUUGCAAUGAAAAGAACAAUAUUGCUGAAAUCAAAAUUCAAGGCCUGGAUUCCUUUCUUUCUCUUCAGUCAAGAAAACAGUCACUGUUUGCCAGACUGGAAAAUAUUAUCGUCACAGAUGUUGAUCCUAAGACAGUUCAUAAAAAAGCUGUCUCAAUAAUGGGAAAUGAAGUUUUUCGUUUUAGCUUGGACUUGUAUCCAGGUGCUACUGAGGGUGAUUCUUACACUGACAUGUCUAAAGUGGAUGGUGUGGUAUCACUGAAUGUUGGCUGUAUUCAGAUUGUGUAUCUUCAUAAAUUCCUCAUGUCGCUUCUGAACUUCCUGAAUAAUUUCCAGACAGCCAAAGAAGCUCUGAGUGCUGCCACGGCCCAAGCUGCAGAGAAGGCUGCCACGAGUGUGAAAGAUCUUGCCCAGAGGAGUUUCCGUGUUUCCAUCAAUAUUGACUUGAAAGCACCAGUUAUAAUCAUUCCGCAGUCUUCCAUUUCCACCAAUGCAGUACUGGUAGAUCUUGGCUUAAUCAAAGUUCAGAAUCAGUUCAGUCUGGUAUCCGGUGAAGACUGUUUACAUCCUCCAGUAAUCGAUAGAAUGGAUGUGCAGCUAACAAAGCUUAAGCUUUCUAGGACAGUGAUCCAACCAGGCAUCUCCCAUCCUGAUAUUCAGCUGUUAUACCCAAUUAACUUGGACUUUUCUGUAAAUCGGAAUCUAGCUUCAUCUUGGUACCACAAGGUGCCUGUUGUAGAAAUUAAAGGACAUCUUGAUUCAAUGAAUGUUAGUCUAAAUCAAGAAGAUCUUAAUCUUUUAUUUAAAAUACUAGUGGAAAAUCUGGGUGAAACUUCUGAAGACUUGGAUAAAAUGAAACCAAAAAUACAAGAAACAGAUGAGAGGCUGACAGUUGGUGAAAUUAAAGAUCUUGAAAUCUCUACAAUACAACUAAAUGCACAUGCUUCACAAGAUACUUUAACAGCUGGAGUGGAAGAAAUUAGAUCUGUAGACAUCAUUACUAUGCUGCUGAAUUUUGAAAUCAGAGAGGUCAUGGUUACUUUGAUGAAAAAAGGAGAAAAGAAAGGAAAGCCUGUACAUGAACUAAAUGUGCUGCAGCUUGGAAUGGAAGCUAGAGUUAAAACCUAUGACACGACUGCUAAAGCUUUUCUGAAAAAAAUUACUAUGCGAUGCUUUGAUUUCACUGACUCUAAAGGAGAACCUCUGCACAUUAUUAACUCUUCUAAUGUAACUGAUGAACCCCUUCUGAAAAUGUUAUUGACAAAGGCAGACAGUGAUGGACCAGAAUUUAAAACCAUUCAUGACAAUACCAAACAGAGAAUGAAGGUUUCAUUUUCAUCCUUAGACUUAGUACUUCAUUUGGAAGCUUUACUGUCCUUAAUGGAUUUUUUAUCAUCUGCUGUUCCAUCCUCUGAACCUUCCCCUUCUGAGAAGGAAUCUGAGCUGAAACUACCUGUGGGGGAGUCCAGAAGUAUUGCUCUAAAAGCCGUAUCCAGCAACAUUUCUCAAGGUGAUGUGUUUGAUUUAAAGGUCAUAGCUGAAUUAAAUGCAUUUAAUAUCUUUGUCUGUGAUCAGAAGUGUAACAUUGCAGAUAUUAGAAUACAGGGAAUGGAUGCCUCUGUUUCUAUGAAGUCAAAGCAGACUGAUGUCUUUGCCAGACUGAAGGAUAUUGUAGUUACAAAUGUUGAUUUGCUGUCCAUUCACAAAAAGGCUGUCUCUAUUUUGGGAGAUGAAGUCUUUAGAUUCCAAAUGACUUUCUACCCAGACACUACAGAGGGAGAGGCCUAUGCUGAUAUGUCUAAAGUAGAUGGCAAACUUAGUCUCAAAGUGGGUUGUAUUCAAAUUGUUUAUGUUCAUAAAUUCUUCAUGUCUCUUUUGAACUUCCUCAACAAUUUCCAAACUGCCAAAGAAGCUUUGAGUGCAGCCACAGUCCAAGCUGCAGAAAAAGCUGCUUCUAGCAUGAAAGACUUGGCUCAAAAGAGUUUCCGCCUUUUGAUGGAUAUCAACUUGAAAGCCCCAGUUAUUAUUGUUCCUCAGUCUUCAGUAUCACCUAAUGCUGUUAUAGCAGAUCUGGGCUUAAUCAGGAUUGAGAACAAGUUUAGCUUGGUCCCUGUGGAACAUUCUUCUCUUCCCCCAGUCAUUGACAAAAUGAACAUACAGCUCACUCACUUGAAGCUGUCCAGAACUAUUUUACAGGCUGACUUGGCAAAACAUGAAAUUGAAAUUUUAAAACCAGUCAACAUGCUUUUAUCCAUACAGCGAAAUUUAGCAGCAGCAUGGUAUGUGCAAAUUCCAGGCAUGGAGAUAAAAGGAAAAUUAAAACCUAUGCAGGUUGCUCUCAGUGAACAUGACUUAACAGUUCUAAUGAAAAUUUUGCUGGAAAAUCUUGGAGAAGCUUCUUCACAGCCAAGCCCUAUACAGUCUACCCAGGAGGCUCUAAGAGUGAGAAAAGAAGAUGUCCCAAGUGGAUCUGACCUCCUCAAAGAACAAGAAGAUGUGACAAAUUCAAAGAUUCUUGUGGACCACAGUGCCACUCUCCAGUUUGACUUUCACUUUGAAUCUCUUUCCAUUGUCCUUUAUAAUAAUGAUAUCAACCAGGAAUCCAGACUUUCAUUUCAUAAUGACAGUUUACGGCUUGGUGAACUCAGACUACAUCUUAUGGCUUCAGCAGGGAAAAUGUUUAAAGAUGGUUCAAUGAAUGUCAACAUUAAACUUAAGACAUGCACCCUUGAUGACCUCAGAGAAGGCACUGAGAGAGCAACAUCGAGAAUGAUUGACAAAAAGAAUGACCAGAAUAACCACAGUUCUAUGAUUGAUAUAAACUACGAACAAGACAAAAAUGGAAGUCAAAUAGAUGCUGUUCUUGACAAGCUGUAUGUUUGUGCCAGUGUGGAAUUUUUGAUGACUGUGGCAGAUUUCUUCAUCAAAGCUGUGCCUCAGAGUCCAGAAAAUAUGGCAAAAGAAGCACAGAUUUCACUAAGACAGACUGGGACAGCAAGAAUCAAGUCAGAGAAAGAUGAUUCUGUAAGACCAAAUAUGACUUUAAAGGCCGUGAUCAUAGAUCCCGAAGUGGUGUUUGUUGCCAACCUGACAAAGGCUGAUGCUCCUGCUGUCACAGCCUCAUUCCAGUGUAACCUCUCUCUGUCAACAUCCAAACUUGAACAAAUGAUGGAAGCCUCUGUGAGAGAUCUUAAAGUGCUUGCUUGCCCUUUUCUCAGAGAAAAGAGAGGAAAAAACAUCACUACAGUCUUGCAACCUUGUUCUUUAUUUAUGGAAAAAUGUACCUGGGCUUCAGGGAAACAAAAUAUAAAUAUUACACUUAAGGAAUGUAUAAUUAAGAUUUCACCCAUAAUUCUUAACACUGUGAUGACAAUCAUGGCUGCUAUGUCUCCAAAGGCAAAAGAAGAUGAAUCCAAAGAUACAUCUAAGGAAAUGGAAAAUCUUUGGGGCAUCAGAUCUGUUAAUGAUUAUAACUCCUGGUUUCUUGGUGUUGACACAGCAACAGAAGUAACUGAAAAUUUCACAGACAUAGAGCAUCUGUUGAUAGAGGAAAAUUGUGCUAUUGUCGUGGAGUCAGUUCAAGUUACCUUAGAAUGUGGCCUAGGACAUCGAACUGUACCUUUAUUGUUGGCAGAGUCUAAGUUUUCAGGAAUUAUUAAAAAUUGGACUUCUCUAAUGGCUGCUACUGCUGACAUGACACUAGAGGUUCACUAUUACAAUGAGACCCAUGCUGCCUGGGAGCCCCUGAUUGAGAGAGUAGAGGGGAAAAAACAAUGGAAUUUAAGACUUGAUGUAAAGAAGAACCCAGUCCAGGAUAAAAGUUUGGUGCCAGGAGAUGACUUUAUUUUUCUUCCUGAUCCACAAAUGGCAAUUUACAUUUCUUCAGGAGAUACAAUGAACAUAACAAUAUCCAAAAGUUGUCUUAAUGUUUUCAGCAAUUUAGCAAAAGGUUUUUCAGAGGGCACUACUUCUACUUUUGACUACUCUUUAAAAGAUAGAGCUCCUUUUACAGUAAAAAAUGCCAUAGGUAUUCCCAUUAAUGUGCGUCCUAGUCAUAAUCUUAGAGUCAUGGGCUCCCCUGAAAGAAGUGAUAUUUAUGAUGUUGAUGCCGGUCAGAAUCUGGAAUUGGAAUAUGCCAGCAUGGAGCCUUUACGUCAAGGCAAACUAUCUAUAUUGAGCCGUCAAGAAAGCUCCUUUUUCACUCUAACCUUUGUACCUCAUGGAUAUACAGAAGUUGCAAAUAUCCCUGUUGUCAGACCCGGACGACGAUUGUAUAAUGUACGGAAUCCUACUGCCAGUUUUUCUGACUCAGUCUUAGUACAGAUUGAUGCAACUGAAGGGAAUAAAGUAAUUACCCUUCGCUCUCCUCUACAGAUUAAAAACCAUUUCUCUAUUGCAUUUAUCAUCUAUAAGUUUGUUAAGAAUGUUAAACUGUUGGAGCGCAUUGGAGUAGCCAGACCUGAAGAGGAGUUCCACGUGCCUUUAGAUUCAUACAGAUGUCAACUGUUUAUUCAGCCAGCUGGGCUCUUAGAACAUCAGUACAAAAUGUCCACCACCUACAUUUCCUGGAAGGAAGAACUUCAUAGGAGCAGGGAAGUCAGGUGCAUGCUGCAGUGUCCAUCAACAGAAGUUAACUUCUUACCUCUCAUAGUGAAUACAGCUGCUGUGCCUGAUGAAUUAAAUUAUAUCUGUUCACAUGGGGAAGACUGGGAUCCAGCUUACAUUAUUCAUUUGUAUCCUCCCCUGACUUUGCGGAAUCUUCUCCCAUAUUCUUUCAGAUAUUUACUUGAGGGAACAGCAGAAACCCAUAAGCUAGCAGAAGGCAGUGCUGCUGAUGUUCUACACUCGAGAAUUGGUGGGGAAAUAAUGGAAUUAGUGCUAAUGAAGUACCAGGGCAAAAACUGGAAUGGACAUUUCCGUAUAAGUGAUACACUUCCCGAAUUCUUUCUUGUGUGUUUCACUUCUGACUCCUCAGAAGUCAUGACACUCGACUUGUCAGUACACGUCAGGCGAAUUGGAAGUCGAAUGGUGCUAUCUGUCUUUAGUCCCUAUUGGCUAAUCAACAAGACUUCUCGGGUUCUCCAGUAUCGUGCAGAAGACAUCCAUGUGAAACAUCCCGCUGAUUUCAGGGAUAUUAUUUUAUUCUCUUUCAAGAAAAAGAACAUUUUUAGUAAAAAUAAGGUACAGCUGAAAAUAUCAACGAGUACAUGGUCCAGUAGUUUCUCAUUGGAUACUGUAGGAAGUUAUGGGUGUGUAAAGUGUCCUGCCAACAACAUGGAAUACCUGGUUGGUGUUAGCAUCAAAAUGAGCAGUUUUAAUCUUUCUCGAAUAGUUACUCUGACUCCCUUUUGUACCAUUGCAAACAAGUCCUCAUUGGAACUAGAAGUUGGUGAAAUUGCACCUGAUGGCUCAAUACCAACUAAUAAAUGGAACUAUAUUGCCUCUUCAGAGUGCCUUCCAUUUUGGCCUGAAAAUUUAUCAGGCAAACUUUGUGUGAGAGUGGUGGGUUGUGAAGGAUCCUCCAAACCAUUCUUUUAUAACCGACAAGAUAAUGGCACUUUAUUGAGUUUAGAAGAUAUGAAUGGGGGCAUCUUGGUGGAUGUAAACACUGCUGAACAUUCAACUGUCAUAACCUUUUCUGAUUACCACGAGGGAUCUGCACCUGCCCUAAUAAUAAACCAUACACCAUGGGAUAUCCUCACAUAUAAACAGAGUGGGUCACAGGAAGAAAUGGUAUUGCUACAAAAUCAAGUUAGACUUUUUGCCUGGGAAGAUCCUACUACUACCAGAAAACUUACAUGGAAAUAUGCAGCUAAUGUUGGAGAAAAUGAUCUGCUGAAGGAUGAAUGUGGACAGUUUCCAUAUGAUGCAAAUAUCCAAAUACACUGGGUAUCAUUCCUAGAUGGCCGCCAGAGAGUUUUGCUUUUCACUGAUGAUGUGGCCUUGGUUUCCAAAGCACGGCAGGCAGAAGAAAUGGAGCAAGCUGAUCAUGAAAUAUGCUUGUCUCUCCACAGUCUUGGGCUUUCACUGGUUAACAAUGACAACAAGCAGGAAGUUUCAUACAUUGGGAUAACCAGUUCUGGUGUUGUUUGGGAGAUGAAGCCAAAACAAAAAUGGAAGCCUUUUAGUCAAAAGCAAAUAAUAUUGUUGGAACAAGCCUAUCAGAAAUACCAGGUAUCAGGAGAUCAUGGCUGGAUUAAACUAGACAAUAAUUUUGAGGUGAAUUUUGACAAAGUCCCAAUGGAAAUGCGCUUCCCUAUUCGGUGCCCAAUUAAACGAGAUUUUUUAUCAGGAAUUCAGAUUGAACUAAAGCAGUCUCCUCACCAGAGAAGUUUAAGGGCCAGGUUGUACUGGCUCCAGGUUGAUAAUCAGUUACCAGGUACAAUGUUCCCUGUUGUAUUUCAUCCUGUGGCCCCUCCAAAAUCUAUUGCUUUAGAUUCAGAGCCCAAACCUUUCAUUGAUGUGAGUGUUAUAACAAGAUUUAAUGAGUACAGUAAAGUCUUACAGUUUAAGUAUUUUAUGGUCCUCAUUCAGGAAAUGGCCUUAAAAGUUGAUCAAGGGUUUCUAGGAGCUAUAGUUGCAUUGUUUACCCCAACAACUGACCCUGAAGCUGAAAACAACCGGACAAAGUUAAUCCAACAAGACAUUGAUGCUCUGAACACAGAAUUAAUGGAGACUUCAAUGACUGAUAUGUCAGUUCUUAGUUUCUUUGAACAUUUCCAUAUUUCUCCUAUUAAGUUGCAUUUGAGUCUGUCUUUGGGUUCUGGAAGUGAAGAAUCAGACAAAGAAAAACAAGAAAUGAUUGCAAUUCUUUCUGUCAACUUGCUAUUGAAAAGCAUAGGUGCAACUCUGACUGAUGUGGAUGAUCUUAUAUUUAAACUUGCUUAUUAUGAAAUUCGCUAUCAGUUUUACAAGAGGGAUCAGCUCAUUUGGAGUGUCAUUAGACAUUACAGUGAACAGUUCUUGAAACAGAUGUAUGUCCUUGUGUUGGGUUUAGAUGUGCUUGGAAACCCAUUUGGAUUAAUUAGAGGUCUGUCUGAAGGAGUUGAAGCUUUAUUUUACGAACCCUUCCAGGGUUAUGUUCAUGUUCCUGAAGAAUUUGCUGAGGGGUUAGUGAUUGGAGUAAGAAGUCUCUUUGGACACACAGUAGGUGGUGCAGCAGGAGUUGUCUCUCGAAUCACUGGUUCUGUUGGAAAAGGUUUGGCAGCAAUUACAAUGGACAAGGAGUAUCAGCAGAAAAGAAGAGAAGAGAUGGGUCGACAGCCUAAAGAUUUUGGUGACAGCCUGGCCAGAGGGGGAAAGGGCUUCCUGAGAGGAGUUGUUGGGGGAGUGACUGGAAUAAUAACAAAACCUGUGGAAGGUGCCAAAAAGGAAGGAGCUGCUGGAUUCUUUAAAGGAAUUGGAAAAGGGCUUGUAGGUGUUGUGGCUCGUCCAACUGGUGGCAUUAUAGACAUGGCCAGCAGCACCUUCCAAGGAAUUCAGAGGGCAGCAGAAUCAACUGAGGAAGUGUCCAGACUCCGUCCCCCUCGCCUGAUUCAUGAAGAUGGCAUCAUUCGGCCAUAUGACAGACAGGAAUCUGAGGGCUAUGACUUGUUUGAGAGUCAUGUCAAAAAGUUAGAAGAGGAGACUUACAGAUACCACUGUGCUAUUCCUGGAAACAAGAAGACAGUCUUUAUGGUUACAAACAGGCGAGUGUUGUGUAUAAAGGAAGUUGAAAUCCUGGGGCAUAUGUCUAUAGACUGGCAGUGUCCAUUUGAAGAUUUCGUAUUUCCUCCCAGUGCCACUGAAAAUCUGCUAACACUUUCAGUUAAGGAUCAGAGUCUAUUCCACAAAAAAGACAGUGCCAAGCAAGGCUAUCUCCGGAAAAUCUAUCUGCAAGAUGCCGCCACAGCAAAGAGAGCAUAUAAUGCCAUUGAGGAUGCACAGUCAAUGAGACAUCAGCAGAAAUUGGUGAAGCAGUCAUCACUGAAACUUCUGAGGCUCCAACUACCAUCUUAA